AUGAGGGCAUCCACCAUGCUGCGCUUCAGCGCGGCCGCCAGGCUCUCCGCGCCCUCCCUCCGACGCACCCUCGCGACGCAUGCAGCCGUCAACCCGGCAAGUGGCACCUACAACCUGGUCGAAAAGAUUGUGCAGAAGUACGCCGUCGACCUCUCGCCCGGCUCGCACGUCAAGUCCGGCGACUACGUCUCCAUCCGUCCCGGCACCGUCAUGACGCACGACAAUACCGGUCCCGUCAUCUCCAAGUUCGGCUCGAUCGGCGCCACGUCGAUCUUCAACCCGGACCAAGUGGUGUUUGCGCUCGACCACGAUGUGCAGAACAAGUCGGCCAAGAAUCUGGACAAAUACAGCCGGAUCGAGAGCUUCGCGCGACAGCACGGAAUCGAUUUCUAUCCGGCGGGACGGGGCAUUGGGCAUCAGGUGUUGGUCGAGGAAGGGUAUGCAUUCCCGCAGACGUUGGCGGUGGCGAGCGACAGUCAUUCCAACAUGUACGGUGGCGUGGGGUGUUUGGGCACGCCGAUCGUUCGAACGGACGCAGCGGCCAUCUGGGCGACCGGUCAGACCUGGUGGCAGAUCCCCGAAGUCGUCAAGGUCGAGCUCAAGGGCGAAUUGCCCAAAGGCGUCACUGGCAAGGACGUCAUCGUCGCCCUCUGCGGCUACUUUAACAAGGAUCAAGUUCUCAAUGCCGCCAUCGAAUUCCACGGCUCCGGUCUCACCUCGCUCUCCGUAGAGGAACGACUGGCCAUCGCCAACAUGACCACCGAAUGGGGCGCUCUCGCCGGUCUCUUCCCUACCGACGACAUCACUCUCUCCUGGUACGAACGUCAAAUCCGCAAGCGCGACAAGUUGGAGUUUCAAAUCGGAACCUCCCCGUCCCCUUCCUCCUCCCACCCGCGUCUCAACAUGCACCGUCUCGACGAGCUCUCCCGCACGCUCCUGCGUCCUGAUAGCGAUGCGUUCUAUUCGAAGCACCUUACUCUGGAUCUGGCCACCCUCGUUCCGCACGUGUCCGGCCCCAACUCGGUCAAAGUUUCCACGCCGCUCGACGAGCUCACUGCACAAAACAUUGGGAUCCACAAAGCCUACCUGGUGUCGUGCGUCAAUUCGCGCGCGUCGGACCUGAAAGCCGCCGCCGACGUUAUCCGAGGAAAGAAGGUAGCCCCGGGGGUCGAGUUCUACGUGGCAGCGGCGAGCAGUGUUGUUCAGCGCGAGGCGGAGGAGGCGGGAGAUUGGGGUGCGUUGAUGGCUGCUGGUGCUCGACCACUCCCCGCAGGGUGCGGACCGUGUAUCGGACUGGGUGUGGGGUUGUUGGAGGAUGGAGAGGUGGGGAUUAGUGCGACGAACCGGAACUACAAGGGGAGGAUGGGAAGUCCCAAUGCGCAGGCGUAUCUGGCAUCGCCCGCGGUGGUGGCGGCGAGUGCGAUUGAGGGCAAGAUCUGUGGGCCUAGCGAUUUGGAUCCGGCCUUGCUGCCGCCGAGUCGCGGAUUGAAGUACUCCAUCUCCACCGCUGCUGCGUCGUCGACGUCGACGAGUGCGACGAACGAGGGUGGGGUGGACAUCCUCCCUUCCUUCCCGGCGUCCUUUUCGGGCCCACUCAUCUUUGCCCCGCAAGACAACCUUAACACGGACGGCAUCUACCCUGGCAAAUACACCUACCAGGACGACAUCACGCCCGAAAAGCAGGCCCAAGUCGUGAUGGAGAACUACGACGCCUCUUUCGCCACUACCGUCUCGUCCCUCACCCCCUCGUCUUCCUCGUCAGGCGGUAAGGCAGGACCGGUGUUGAUCGGCGGGUACAACUUUGGCACGGGCUCCUCGCGCGAACAGGCAGCGACAGCCCUCAAGUACGCCGGCAUCCCUCUCGUCCUCGCCGGCAGCUUUGGCGACAUUUUCAAGCGUAACGCCAUCAACAACGGUCUCAUCUGUCUCGAGUGCAGUGAACUCGUUCAAGAUCUCACCACGCUGUAUUUGGGACAGGACGGCGUGAGGAACCACAAGGCGAUCCUGUUGGAGGAAAGUGAGGUGAGGAUCGAUUCGAGUACGGGGAGCAUCGAGUUGAAGUUCAAAGGACCGAAGGGGGAGACGGUGGAGAAGAGGUACACGGCGAAACCCGCAGGGAUCGGAAGGAGCGUUCAGGAGAUCUAUACCGCUGGUGGAUUGGAAAAGUGGGUCAAAGAGAGGAUUUAG